UGGAAGUCACGUGUAUCAGACAGAUUCUUCAUAUUUUACGGAGUAAAUCUAAUGUAAGAAAGGAAUAUAUCCUCGCAUUUUUUCUUCUUAAAGCUUAAGUUUUAUGACAUGACCAAUUCAUACAAAUUUUGAGCAUAACUGGACUUCUGAUAACGAAAAACUUGGGAAACUUCAGUUAAGUUUCGGAAAACUUUUCUAGUCACGACCUUUUUCUCCUAGACAUGGCACAUAACGUACGCAAAACAAUUCUUGGGGCAGUGAACAGAAAUUUACAAAAAAAUUGGCCUCAAGUUACAUCGACAAGAAAGCUUUUGCUAUCUCAAGGACAUAAUGACCCACAGACAAGCAAUCUCAAUGAACGGAAUCCCAGCAGUGAGAGUUCUCAAAAGAUUUAUGAACUAAGGACUUAUCAAAUGAGAUGGUCGGAUUUUAAGCAGUUUCUAAAGUAUGUAGAAGAAUACUUUCCCGUACGUUUGAAGCAUUCCAAACUUCUCGGAUUUUGGAGCACCGAGCUUGGAGCUUUGAAUGAAGUAGUUCACAUUUGGGAAUAUGAUAACCACGACCAUCGAGCUAUAGUUCGCAAAGCCAUCGCUAAUGACGCUGUAUGGCAAAAUGAUUUCAUCAGUAAGAUUUCUCCGAUGUGUGUAAUUCAAACAAAUGCAACUAUGAAGCUUUUGCCUUGGAGUUCAAUCAAUGUGCCCAGAAAAGCUGGUGUUUAUGAACUCCAAAUCUACAACAUGAACACUCAUAGUGACAAAUGGGACUCAAAGCUGAAAGCAAUGAUGAUGUUGAGUAAGUCAAGUAAAAGAAAUUCUAACUCUGUGCUGGUGGCUUGUUUUAAAUCAGUCUAUGGACCACUUAAUACAGUUUAUGCAUUGUGGCAGCAUGAAAGCUUUGACAACUACAUCUAUGGUAGUUUGCAAUCGCUGUGUGAGGCCGACAAAUCUUUGUUACAUAAUUUUCAUCAAGAUGUUUUGAGUGGAUACUGCAAGGGUCUUGUGCCGCACAAAGUAUCUCCCUUACAGUAGUCAACUUGUUGACUUAAAGGAAAGAAAUGGAGCAAUUCUAAUGAGACGAUCUUGUAAACGUAAAAUUUAUGAUGGAUAUUUUAUGACUUUUAUAGCUUGUAUUGAAAUCAAGCUUUCUUUGUAACAUUCAUUAGACGUGUAUCAAAAUGCUGUUUUAGAAGCCAGCCGAUUGUAUUUCUAAGAUAUUUGCUGUUUUUAUUUCAACUGGUAUCGCUUGUGUUCGAAACUCGACCUAUGGUGUCCUUCUGUUUCUUUGUAUUUCAACCCCCAACC